GUUAGUUUUGUAAUCAACCAUAAUCGAGCUGUAGACUUAACGCGAAUUGGAUAAGUGUUCAGUUUCAAAACGUGUUUAUGAUGACGCAAAUGACUUGAAACUUUCGUAUAAAAUUUCGCAAGUUGCAGCAGAAGCGACGUGAGGGUCACAGUUCGCCCGUGAGCCGAGUUUCCCAAUCUACUGACCUUGAAAGACCUCGAAAAGAGCGAAAAAAUCAGCAGCACGUGCAAGAACACAAUCUUAUCACGCAAAAAGUCAUUACAUAUCAUAAUAAAGAAACAUUUUAACUCAUAUAUUAAAAUUAGAAUGUUUUAUUUCAAAAAAUGUUCAUGAUCGAACGGCAUAUAGUGGGCACUACAUUAAAAAAACAAAAGAAAAAAAAAAAGAAAAAAAAAAGAAAAAAAUGGAAAUAUAUAAGUGAACUUUUUCUCUUUUUCCACAAAUAUUCUGCCUUUUCAUGAUGGAACAAGUACAUGUCACGCUUUGGACGUUGUGACGUCAUUAUAUGACGUUUAUUCAUAGAAGUAUUUCACUUUUCCUAAUAAUCUUUGACGCCUCCAGCGAUAGUUGAUUCUGAGAUAACAAUUUUUGUGGAGAAAGAUAUUUGUGUUUACUUCGACAUAUCAGAAAGCUACAUCCAAAAAUUUACCACARAAWCUUUAAUAUUUAAUGCGCGGUAUUGCGAAAUAGUCACGUACAUCAGACAUGACWUGACAACGAAACAUAAUACUUGUAAACAGAAACUUCGAGUGACACCUAGGACAUAACCUUGGUUGACCGACAGCAAUAUUAUUGUCUGCUUUACAUUAGGAAUCAUUGAUAUUGCAAAAUCGAAAAGUAWUGUUGCAGAAUUCUAAUCUUUUMCUUGCAAAUACGUUUUAAAUUUCGAAAUUGUGUAUGCUUUCGUGAAAGUUCUAUUUACGUAAGGUUAGCGUUACACUAGUGAGGCGAGCAUUGUGUAGAUGGAUCUAGAUCAUGUUUCCACGCAACAUGGCAAAAUAAAGCCUGUGAUUGGCUGAAUCCAAAUCGAUGACGUAAGUACAUACAUCAAAUCAAAGGAAUAACCAUUACAUAAGAAUAAAUUACCGAAGGUUUUGAAGGUAUAUAGUAACACUGCAACUCGGGGCUUUCCCAGAAUAGAAGUGACUAAGAAUCUGCCAACAAAUAGCAAUCCGGGAAUUUCUAUCCAUUGUCUGUGAAUAACCGCCCACUUUCAAAUAACAUUUAAGAAUUUUGCCUCGUAAUGUACGGCAUGUAUUAUCCGAUGAACAACGAUCGAAGCUACAUCCAGCUAAACAGAGUUAUGCCUGYACCUGUGCUAGAUGACUCGGACAUUGAAUCCAAUCUUUCUAACGAGGAUAAUGGCAGUUUUUCUGAGUUUUCAAACCCUCACACUCCUCCUAUGAUGCGAGGGGCUACUGAUGAAGUGAAACAAGAGUUGCAAAAGGCAAUUCGCUGCAGAAGAGUAGCGCAAGGUCUGGAGGAGAUGCCAAAUCUAGAAGCGAAAAGACCAUCUUCAAAUCAGCUAUCUGUAGCCGAACUCGAGAAAAGAAGAUUACGGAGAGAGAGAAAUAAGCUAGCUGCAUUCAAAUGCCGACAGAGGCGAAAGGAGCACAUGCAGGCUUUGGAGGAUGAAACAGAAGAGCUGAAUGCUGCUAAAAGGACUCUAGAAGCAGAAAUAUUGGCUCUCAAAGACAAAAAGAAGGAACUUGAAGAUAUGUUGAAAUCACAYGAUUGUAUGUUGGUAGUAAACUCAAGUGAUGAAGAUGAGCACAAGUCAAAAUAAAGCCAUGAGUCAACAUGAGAUGUUUYACAAAGAGAGGAUCUAGUGUAUGUAGCUUCCAAGAAAACAGACUCUAAAAGAAAAGCAUGAAACAACAAGAAUGAAUAGAGCAGCCACUAUUACAGCUACAUUGCCACAAAGGACAUUUCAUGAUGUCAGUUCAAAACUUUGUCUUAUUAGUUCUGUUGUUUUCCAACCUCAAUAUCAUCAAUGAACCCAAAGGAGAUAGGUUUAACAUUCAUAGUUACAGAAACGUGACAGAGUUAAGUUUGCCAUCUUAUUAGGAGUAAGUCUACGUCCCGAGCAUUUUAGAMUUUUUACACAGAAACGAAUAACUUUUAUACAAUACAUGUAUAUCAAAAUAGAAAAGAGACUUGAUAAGUCCUAGCAUAAAUAUUAUCUAUUAUUUAUUUUAAUAUAAGCAAAAACAGCUUUGCUGGUCAAAGUGAGUAACACAUACAUACCAACAGUUUUAUUUAUGAUACAACAUAUUAUUUAGAAUAAUGUUACAAUUAUAAAUCAAAAUAGAAUUAUAGAUAUUUUCUCUAGAGGAGAUAAAUAAUUAUUAUUUAAACAGUUGAACUGACACAAAUAAAGAUGUAAAAACAGAAAA